GAUUUACGUCAUGUGAAUUAAAUAAAUGAUAGCACGUGAUGUAUUUUGAUUAGGAUUAUAUGUGUACAUGUGUAUGCAGAGAAAACACGGGAGGAUAAUUAAAUGAUAAUAAAAACGGUUGAAAUUCUGAAUCCUAAAGUGGUGAAGAAAUUCUGACCUUAUAGUUUUCUAUAUAUUAUACUUGUGAUGAUUAAAAACGAGUGGAAUUCUUAACACUUAAGUGGUGUUUAUUAAAAACGGGUGAAAUUCUGACCUCUAAAGUGGCGAUGUUACAAAACGGUUGAAAUUCUGACCUCUAAAACUUACAUUGUUUAAAAUAAGUUUUCGUCGAAGAUUUUUUAUGAUUAUAUUUCUAGUCACCAGAAAAUCAUAUAAACUAGGUAAUUGAGGACAAGAUCGUGUUGUCUGUUAUGUUUAUGGCGACACUCAACUCCAGGAAGGAACAAUGGUUUGGUACGAGCCGUUUAGCUAUUGUGUUACUGGGACUCGUGCUCAACACAGCAAACAGUUGUGAUAUUGGUACAUCAAAUCCUGGCUCGCACACGACCACUACCGGGGCAAGCACAGAUGGGCGCUCGUUUUUCAUUGACGGCUCGACAUCAACAUGCUGCGGAACAAUGGCAAAUUGGAAAAUGUACGCAAGUUCUGCCGGAACAGUGACGGCAAUGUUGUGGAGACCGACAACGGGAAGUAACUACAGACUUGAAUUCAUGGAAGAUUAUAACGUUAAUGUUGGUUUGAACACCCCUAUUCCUUCAACAACCCUAGCUGUCGAGGUGGGAGAUGUAGUCGGAUGGAGAACGACCGGUGCUGAGAUUAUUCCAUACAGCGCCACUGCAGGUUCGAGUACGCAAACACAGCUCCUUUCUCCGACAUUGAACGCCGAGACGCCAUGGGGCCAGACACCGGAUACGACAGUGACGUAUGCAUUCGGAGCUGUUGUGGUCCCAAAUGAUCCACCGACAAUUACGGGAGGUUCGGAGACCAUAUCCGAUACUGACACAUCCCAGACGGUUCACACUCUCGCGAUCGCCGACCCUGAUACCGCAGAUCUUCUCACGGACACUACUGUUGUUAUAUCAAACACCAGCCCCACCACAUCUGACUUCUCCAUUGCCGAUGAUGGUACAAACUUUGUAAUUCAAAGUGGAGCAAGCUUGACAGCCGGCACAUAUGACCUAGAAAUCACGGCAACAGAUAUAUGUGAAGACACUGCAACCACUACUGUUACAAUCACUGUACAAAAUCCGCCGCCUGUAUAUGAUCCGUCGACGCCUGACAACGCCUAUGCUGGGACAAUUAGUGACGUGACCACUACUGCUACGUCAAUUUACUCUUUCUUAGUGACGGAUACAGAACCAGUCACCUGUACAUCAGAUAACGCGCUGUUUGAAAUAAGAGAAAGCCCGCCAAACAAGGAACUUUGGCUGAAAAAUGUAGCGGCGGGAGAUCUGGAUUAUGAUAGCAGCACUACUCAAGUAAUAACAAUAAGUUGUACUGACGGAACUACUGCGGUCCUGAGAGAUCCGUAUACUGUUAAUAUAUCCGAUGAGCCGCUGACUCUGUCAAACCUUGGAGGAUCGACGACCGUAAGUGACAGUGCGGCUAUUGGCACGUCGAUUCACCAAUUCACCGCCACCGACCAAGAUGACGUUGUCACGUGCACCGUCGAUAACGGAGACUUUACGGUUACAGCAGUAGACGGAGCUGCAGGAACACAACGAUUUGAUAUCGAGACGGCGGCGGCCUUGACCUCAGGAACGUCAUAUACGCUAACGAUGACCUGCAAUGACGGUCAAAACACGCAAACGGGCACAUUUGACGUAACAGUUACAGAUGCCGUGCCGACGUUUGACCCUUCAACGCCCGACACAUCAUACAGUGGAACAAUAAGUGACGCCACUACUUUAGCAACAAGUAUAUACGCCUUCUCGGUGGUGGAUACAGGAUCAGUCACAUGUACUACAGAUAAUGCAAAAUUCGAAAUAAGAGAAGUGCCACCUAAUCACGAAAUUUGGUUAAAAAAUGUGUUAGCUACAGACUUGAAUUUUGAUGUUACGCCGACGGAAACCAUGACAAUUUCAUGUACCGACGGAACAACCACUAUAACAAGGUCGUAUUCUGUGCCAAUAUCUGAUGAACUACCAGUUCUUGCUAACCUAGGAGGAACGACUGGCCCCAUAGGUGACCUGACCGCCAUAGGAACUUCGGUCUUUCAGUUUACCGUUACUGAUCAAGAUGAUCCGAAUACUUGUACGGUAUCGAACGCCGAUUUUUCGAUCACAGAGCUUAAUCCUGCCACUGCUGGAACGCAAUUGUACGACAUCGUGACGGCGGCGACCCUCAACGAAGACACGACGCCAACAUAUACGUUAACGAUAUCAUGCGACGACGGCACAAAUACUGCGGUUACGAAUACAUUGACGGUGACGUUAUCCGAUGAGGCACCAACGCUGACAGGUUUGGACAUAACAACAACGGCGUCAGUUAGUGACGGUGUACAAGCGGCCGAGAUAACGCUUGCGUCAUUAACCGUGACCGACGCCAAUGACGUCACUGCAGUCCCGAUAGCGUGUACAAUUCAAGCGCCAAAUACUGCACUUUUCCAGUUAACAGGAGCACCACCAAAUAUGGAUGUGAAAACCGUAAUAGGACAGACUUUAGAAACAGCAUCAGCGCCGUAUGAAGUAGUGGUACAUUGUGACGAUGACGAGGCUGGGAAUACAGUCAGCGGUACAGUGACUGUACCUCUCGUAGAUACACCUCCUGUAUUCGUUGAUAUGCCUGCAACACUGGCGCCGGCGAUAUCCGAUGCCACUGACAUUGAUACUUUAUUACAUAGCUUCUCUGUGACAGACACUGCGUCUGCAACUAUAACAUGUUCUUACACCGCCACAGCUCCGUAUGAUGAUGAUUUUGAACUACGGGGAACAUCACCAGGCUUCGAGAUCUGGCUUCUGGCUGCCAAUGAUUUAAAUUUUGACGCUCUUGCCUCGGUACCUGUAACAGUCACAUGUACUGACGGAACGACACCUAUAACUGAGGAUUUCACUGUGGAAAUAUUUGAUGAGGAUCCAGUAUGGACCGGAUUACCGACUGCAACGCCAUACUCAACAUUGUCAGACGCGGAAACAGCGGCAGUAUCCUUGUAUACAUUCUCUGUGGCCGAUUCAGACGAUACUAUUAAUUGUGCAGUUGAUGCAGGAUCUGCUGAUGCAACGCAUUUUGAAGUCAGAGCGGGAACCCCACCAGAAUUUGAGAUAUGGUAUAGGGGUGCUCCACCGGCUUCUCUGAACUUUGAAACGGCCUCGUCUCAUGACGUCCCUAUAGUAUGCGAUGAUGGUGCAGCAUAUACCCAAACCGAGACCUACACAGUUAACCUCGAAAACACCCCACCGACGUUUGUGAAUCUUCCCGAUGCAUCACCGACAAUUUCCGAGUCAGUUACAACCAAGACAUCUUUAUUUACUGUUUCCGUGUCUGACACAACAGAGGCAGUUUGUUACUUGUCCGAUACUGUGACAGCUGCAGGCAUUGAACCUUUGGAGAAAGGAAAUGUUGCAUUACCUAUUACAGAAUAUAUUGUAUACGCUUGGCACAUGACCGGAUUUGAUGUUGAUGUACCACCAGGAACUAUAUUUAUUGACGUGACUUGCGGAGAUUCUGUUUCUACCGUCACAGAAAGACUCACAGUAACCAUACUUAACGCUGCCCCAGAGAUAUCCAAUCCUGGUGGAACCUACACUGUAUCAGAGGAAGAGGCCGAUCAGGUAACGCUAAAGACACUUAAUUUUGUGGAGUUCGAUGCUGCAGAUGUCACGUGCUCAAUGACAAACAAUGAUGGCGGUCCGUUUGAUGUUAGUGGUUUUCAAGUAAUAAAAACUGCUGGGGCUUUAGAUUUUGAGACAACUCCGUCUUACACGCUAGAAGUUACAUGCGAUGACGGCACAUUGUCAAUCACAGAUACUAUAACUGUCAACGUUGAGAACAUGGGACCUGAAAUUACCAACCUUCCAACGGCGGUAGAAAUACCUGAAGAACAGGUUGCCGAGGUAUCGCUUAUUGAAUUAACUCUUUCGGAGGAUGCCUUUGAUUGCAGCCAAGUAGCGCCAGUAGAGUCGGAAUUCGUCGUUAAAUAUGUUCCAGCAACAAGCUCAUGGUCAGUAUUUUAUGUGAGCCAAGCUGUGGCAGGAAAGGGGUUGAAUUACAAAGCUAAACCGUCCUAUGAUUUAACAAUAGUAUGCGAGGACGAUAGUGGCGCUCAAGGUGCUCAGAAGACGUUAACAAUCAAUGUUUUAGACAACGAAGCUCCAAACUUUGACAACAUUGGAGGUGAAACAACUACAAAGCAUGAAAUAAACGCCAAAGAUUACACUGCGGGCGAUACAGUGUUUACUGUGGAAGCUACAGAUCCUAGUACCCCGGCGGAUGACAUUACUUACAACCUGGUGUCAUGUGAACCCGCCGCCACCUGCAACUUUACAUUGACUCCAAAUGGGGAUAUCGUGACUAACGUUGAUUUACAUUCACAUCCACACGACACAUAUACUUUUACAAUACAGGCAGUUGAUGAGUACAACCCCGAUGCCCCUCCUGCCGAAUUAAUUCUCAAAAUAAAUGACAUCAACACCCCGCCAGUAUUCACAAAUCUCCCAAAGAAGGAUAAAGUCGGGGUAUUGAAAAACGAGCAUGCAGCAGGCGACACCGUUUUUACCAUGACAGUAGAUGACGUCGAUGCUCCUGACACGGACACUCUAACGUACCAUUGUGACUUUCCAGACGGCGGAGACGCAUAUUUCGAAUUGGUUCCUGACACUGGUGAGAUUAUCACUAAAGAUGUAAUAGACUAUGAAGAAAUGAGUAUACUCGGGCAGUUAGAAUACCGUGUUGAAUGUUACGUUAACGAUGGAUACGUUGAUUCUGACGUAGAGACGUUCACGUUGCGAAUUAAUGACGAUAAUGAACCGCCGGAAUUCCAGCAAUUGACAUGGCAAUUAACACAGCCUAACGAAGGCGGUCAUGGGACACAGGUAGGCUGCCCGGACUUUGAUGGGGACAUACUAGACGAAGAUAUUUACGAUGAUCAUAAAUAUAAAAUGGAUUGCGGAAACGGUGACGGCGUGUUUGUCAUUGACAAACAUACUGGCUGUAUAUCGAUGUUAAAGGAGUGGGACUUAGAUGUCGCACCAAGAAGGCAAGCUCAAGAUACUGUAACAUGUACAGUAACCGCAACAGAUAAAGAAGGACUAGAAACAACAACAACUGUCGUAAUAACCAUUGAGGAAUCAGACGACAAUAAGCCGUAUCACGACCAGACGUCAUAUCACUUCUGCGCAACUGAAGGCACCACUUCCGGUACGCUAGGAUCUGUGACCGCCACGGACAAGGAUGCGCAGGCAAAACACCGUCAACUUUCAUACUCCUUUAUCGGGGGUGGACCAUUUGGCGAUGACGGAAAUGGCGGACUAACAUAUGGUGACGUCAGCAGUUAUGCAAAGGGGACAACUUUUCAGAGCACGCUAAGAGUAACUGACGAAGCUGGCAACUUUGAUGACGCCCCUGUUACUGUAAUGAUUUGUGAUCCACCGACAUCAAGUGCUGCGGCAAGCUCGAGUUCGAGCUCUUCCUCUAGUUCCUCGUCCUCGACGUCCGACAUGCUCCUCUGGCUCAUACCCACAAUCCUCCUCUCUCUACUGGCACUUGGCGUGUUAGCUUACUGCCUGAGGAGAUUUUGUUGCCGAGGAGGUUGUGGUAGAUGCCGUCCGUGUCUGAAGUCAUCUGCAGUACGAACCAAGGUUGUACGACCGGUGCAACAAAUGCGUUUAGUUCAACGGCCUGUCCUCGUUCAGCGGCAAGUGGUGAAAAAGGUUGUGAAGCCGGUAAAACUUGUUCAAACACCUGUACAAAAGGUUGCCACACCUGUUGUGCAAACUGUUCAAAAGGUAGUGACACCGCCUCCAAAACCGGCUCAAAUGAUAAACGGCGAUUUAUUGAUGCAUAAUUAUUGGGCACGUGAAAAGGCCAAUCUUGGUCAAGAUAUUCCCCUAAAUAACAGCUCAUGGAUGAACUGACGACUUUUUUGAAACUAUGGUGUACAAGGAAGAACAUAAUUGUAUAAACACAUUUCUCAUGAAACAUUAACAUUGUGAUAUUGUAAUUAUUACAAUGAUACUACAUGUAUCUGCUAACUGACCACUAGUAGAUAUGUAAUUAAGCAUAAUUAUGUGUAUUUUUAUGAUUUUCAUACCGACCAUUAUUUAAAGGCACACUAUGCCUCAGACACAAAUAUUUUUUUCAAUCUUUAGAAGGGGCAAAUAUGAAUUUUAUCGUGUUUAAAUAUCGAUUUUAGAUCAUGAUAGAUGCUUAUCACCGAUGAGAGUAGCACUGCAAACAAAUUGUCAUAAAUGUUGCCAAAUGUAAACAAAGUUAUGUUAAAAUUCUAAAUUACUAUAAUUGCAUUAAUUUUCAGAAAGCCAUAGAAAUGAAACAAGGUUCUAGUAAUUGGUCAAUGAGAAACUUUAUGGAAACAAAAACAGGACAUCAAAAAUAAAAGGUUUUUCAGAAUGUAAAAUAAAAACAUUUCUGGAGCAUGAGUGGCCUGAAGUAUUACGACAAAUACGGAUCAUUAUGAAAUAGGGUCGAAGGUCGUUGAAUUUCGAAUUACUGAGGUUACUUAUCUAUCUGGUUGGAUGGACGAAUAAGUUAAUUCAUUUGAAAUUUAUUUAAAUCCGUUCCUUUGGUCAUUUAUUAUUUCUUUCGUUUAUGUAUUUGUUACGUGUGUGUACAUGUAUUUCUAGUUUAUGUUUAAGAACAUUAAUGUUCAAACAAAAGGUAAAAGAAAAAAAUAAAGAAAGGAAAUUUUAAUAACUCUACUUCGAGGCUAAUGGAAAUUAACUUGUUAGUUUUUAAUGCACUUUAAAUGAUUUAAUUUUCUUUUAAACAAAAAUGAAAAACCUAUGACUAUUUUGAUAUGACAGACUGGUUGUCACACCAACUAUUAUUGUGUCGGCAUGAUAACUAAAUAAACGUUGUUGCUGU